GGUGUCCACCCCAACCGGCUAUCUCGCCACCAUCUGCACGAAGGAAAAUGGCACGGUGGGACGCGCUUGUCGAUGCCGCGCUAGCGAGUCUGGCCGCUAGGAGGCUCCUGUUCAACACGCGCCUCAUCUCCCUCACACCACCGCUGGCGCCCUCCGAAACCUUCGCCGGCCCGGAGCCCUGGGACCGCGACACCGUCGAGGUCCAGAUCGACCGCAACUCCCUCCAGCAAUGGCUCGCCGCAAAUGGCGUGGUGAGCAGCCAAGAAGACGAGGUGAACGGGAAACUGGUCCUUUUCUCCGGGAACGACUACAUGUGCCUCAGCUCGCAUCCGGCAGUCCGUGAGGCUGCAGUCAAGGCAGCUCAGGAGUACGGCAUGGGGCCGAGAGGCUCCUCGUUGAUCUGUGGCUACACAACUUACCACAAAUUGGUGGAGGAGUCACUGGCAGAACUGCAGAAAAAAGAGGAUUGUCUCCUUUGUCCCACCGGAUUUUCUGCAAACACGGCCGUCAUGACUGCCCUGGGCAGUAUCAGCUCUCUUUUAUCUGCUGGGAGAAAACCUGCAGAGGAUGAGAGGAUAGCCAUUUUCUCAGAUGCGUUGAACCAUGCAUCAACUAUCGAUGGGAUCCGCCUUGUGGAGAGACAGCAAGAAGCCGUAGCAUUUGUCUACAGGCACCGUGACAUGUCGCAUCUUGAUUCCCUGCUGUCCAGUUGCUCAUUGGAAAGGAAAGUCGUCGUCACCGAUAGUAUCUUCAGCAUGGAUGGUGAUUUCGCUCUGCUGCCUGAACUUGUCAAAUUACGAAGAAAAUAUGGAUUUUUGUUGGUCGUGGAUGAUGCACAUGGAACACUUGUUUGUGGUGAGAACGGUGGUGGUGUACCUGAGCUGUUUGGAUGUGAAAAUAACAUUGAUAUUUGUCUCGGCUCGUUGAGCAAGGGAGUUGGUUGCCAGGGUGGUUUUAUAGCAUGCAGUACUCCAUGGAAGAGGCUAAUUUUAUCACGAGGUCGCUCAUUCAUAUUUUCGACUUCCUUGCCGGUGCCCGUAGUUGCUUCUGUGAAUGCGGCGAUCUAUGUCUCAAAGAAAGAGAUAUGGCGAAGAUCAACUAUUUGGGAGCAUGUGCGGUAUUUUGCUUCUUUGACCAAACUUGAGAUAACUAGUCCCAUCAUUGUCAUUGUAGUUGGAAGUGAAGAAGCAGCUGUCAGUGCUCACAGGCAUCUUCUAAGAUCUGGAUUUCUUGUCCAACCAAUACGACCACCCGUUGUGCCACCCAAUUCUUCUAGGUUGCGAAUUACCCUUAGUGCAGCUCAUUCUUCGGAUGACAUCAAAAGGCUUGUUGAUGCGCUCACUCCCUGGCUCCCUAUUAAUCAUGCUGAUCAGCAAAGUUACGCUACAACUUCAAGACUAUAAGGAUUGGACCAUCUACUGUUGGUGUUUGCUCAAGAGCCAUAUCUUGGGGAUAAUUGUAUCACUUCUGCAUUUGAUAUAAUUUUGAGCAAUGUGUUUAUUUUUUUGGCGAGGAGAUGGAACAGUGCGUUUAUUCUCUGUUUGUUGGAUAAUUAUCUUUUUUACAUCAAUCAACAACUGUGUGUGACUUGUUUGUAACGCUCUUUAUUU